UGUACUAUAAGUAGACGAUCAAAUCAUUGAAUCAACAGUACCUUUCUUGGUGUCUUUCAGAACUUACGCAAUGAGUUUCACCGAUAAAGUGGCAAUAAUAACUGGGGCGAGCUCCGGGAUCGGAGCUGCCGCAGCCAUAGCAUUAGCCAAAGAAGGUGCUAAGGUAGCUUUAGUGGCCAGAAACGAGGAAAGACUCGGCAAAGUAUCUAAACAAUGCGAAGACCUCGGUGCCAAAUCUCUGAUCAUCAUAGCGGACGUAAGUAAAGAUGAAGAAGCAAGGACCAUCGUGAAGCGGACAGUGGAUCACUUUGGAAAGAUAGAUAUUCUAAUAAACAACGCUGGGAUAGUUGGUAUCUCAUCUAUGCUAGACGAAAACAUAAUCCAGUAUUACGACAUGGUCAUGAGCACUAAUGUACGUGCAACGGUUCUUUUGACAAGUCUAGCUGCUCCUCACUUGAUCGAGACGAAGGGUAACAUCAUUAAUAUCUCAAGUAUAGCUGGUAUGAAGGUACCUGGGAAGAACUAUAUGUGUUACGCCGUAUCUAAAGCUGCACUGGACCACUUUACACGAUGUACCGCUUUGGAUUUUGCUCAGUUUGGCGUCAGGGUGAACAGCGUAAACCCUGGCCCGGUUAAAACUGACAUAGUAGCAAACGCGGGUGCUCCUAACCCGGAUAAAUACUGGGAGAGGUUUAAGCAAGGAACAGCUCUGAAGAAUAUAUCAGAACCCGAAGAAACUGCAGAUCUGAUUCUGUUUUUGGCCAGUGACAAGGCUAGGAGCAUCACUGGUUCAUCAUUUGUGACCGAUAAUGGUAUGCUUUUGAUGUAAAUA